UCAUACUUUCAUGAAGCUGACAACGAACUUGGAAAUUUUAUGUUUGAUGGGUUGCAAUUUUCACGCUCGGCAUUCCCAGCCAUGCACGUUCUACGUGUUUAUCAACGCAACCAAUGAAUGCUAUCUGGGUGAUAUCGGCACCUCAGGAUCGGUCCAAAUUGAUAAUAAGAAUAACUCGGUGUUGGUCACCUCAUUGAAAGAUCAAGAUACUGAGGUGGGGAAUCAUUUCCCACUAACCAUACCGGUCAAAGGCUAUCACAUCAAUGGGUUCUUGUACAAGGAUACAAACAAUAGACUUGUUUGUAGAUUGAAUUGUUACCUGGAUCCCGACGCUCGGUGUUCGUUUUAUUUCAUUAAAUCAGGGGUUUGCUAUCUCGGCGAUGUGCUCAAUGCAGACAAUCCCAUUCCUCCACCCAAAAUUUCACCGUCGGCCAACAUUAUUAUAUUCAUUAAUGCUGAUUAUACCCGGACAACCAACGUUUCUGCCCGGUCCUACACCCAGGUGGUCAUGCCCUAUAAGACCGCCCACCACCGUCUCAUCCAUCAUUGGGGCGGUUUCCCAACCUUGGAGGAUUGCGCAACUGCCUGUCACGCGGGUUUCAAGCGGUCCAGCCGAGACGCACUGGAUAUGAAAUGCCAAUUCUUCUUCUACAAUGCCACGAGUUUGAAUUGUUAUGUGGGAAACUUGGAAUUUAAAAGUGAAGGCGCACCAUCAGGCAAUGAUGGAAUUAUCACCCUUUUCAUCCAAACUGCUGUCUUGGAGGAAGUAAACCACGGAGAGGAUUUCUCACAGGUGCCAUACAAUCAAUCAUGGAAUUCGUAUAUUUACCGAGAGGCCGUCGUUUCGGGGGCGUCCAGUCUUCAAUGUGGAGCCCUUUGUAUCUUCGAUACUGGCCCUUGUAACAUUGCCAUAACGAGCCGUGCAAAUGGUGCGUGUUAUUUAGGAGAUUGGUAUAUAAAUAGUACAGAGUUCGACCAAAUCACUUUUGAUGGUUUAGUGAGCCAUCGGAAACCUCAAUUAGGAGUGAUUUUAGGGGGACUGGACCAAUCGCAUAAACAAUUGGACACAAUUGACGUGAUUAAUGACUUCAGAACAUCGUGUGAAAAUCCAGCGAUUCCAACCCUACCAGUCCCUUUGUAUGGUCAUGCCGCUUUAUACUCGGAAUCUUACAAUGAGAUUGUAGUUUGUGGCGGGCACCAAAAUACAAGCACCCUGUGUGAGUCAAGUUUAAUUCACAGCCAAAUGCAGUUUUAGCAUG